GUCCGAGGACUAGGCAAAGCAGGCAAAGGAGGUCGGAACCUUUGCUAUAUUUUUUCAAAACACUGACACGAGUCUCUGCUAAGCAAGCGACCUUUUUGUGCACUGAAGGAGAGGUGACUCGAUUACCCUUGCAGGUUUAUUACCUUAACAUCGGUAAGAUCAGCCGCAGCAUCCAGACUCUUCUGCCAGUUGCAGCAGGAACAGCAUCAUGAAAGCCAGGCUCUUCCUCCUCUUCUUCCUCAUGGGCCUCCUCACCAUCUGUGUUGAGCUGCCAUCUGCAGCUGGACAAAAAGUGCGCCCUGGACGGUGUCCUCGGAUUCAUGGCCCUGGCACAUGUGCAAUCACCUGUAGGAGUGAUGAGUUUUGCGGCCCUGGGGAAAAGUGUUGUAGUACUGGCUGUGGAUCUGCAUGCAAAAGAGUCAUUGAAGUGCGUCCUGGACGGUGUCCCCGGCCCACUGGACCUGGGACAUGCGAUGAACGCUGUCGCGGCGAUAGCAGUUGCCCACGUGGGCAGAAGUGUUGCAGCAAUGGCUGUGGCCACGCCUGCAUGAGACCCGUUUUUGGGUAACUUGGACUCCAGCGUGGAUGAGCCCAUCCGUGAGACUCCUCACCUGGAACAGGCAUCACAGCUGACUUCUCUCUGGCUUCCUUGGGAGCAGAAGACUCUGCAGUGGCAUGAAACCUUGUAUUGAAUAGGCUCGCCGAAUAAAAAUGAUAUGAACCUUG